UUUGAGAAGUCACUGUACGUACGGAGAGGUCGGGUAAAAGGAAGUGGAAGGGAGAAAUUAAUCUCCAACCAAAACAAAGCUCACUUUCUAGAGGGAGGAGCAUACCAUUUUUAAACGCGACGUCUAGAUAUUUGUAAUAGCCUAUACAGUUACUUUGUAGAGGAGAGCUGAACCAACAGCGGUUAUUCUCAUCUCUACUGGAUCAGUUUAUUUCAAAGAGUGAGCAGAACGUUCUCUAUUGGACCAAUGGAGCUGUCAGCGAUUGGUGAACAAGUGUUUGCUGUGGAAUCAAUCAUCAAGAAAAGAGUUAGAAAGGGGAAGGUGGAAUAUCUAUUGAAGUGGAAGGGAUGGCCCCCCAAAUACAGUACAUGGGAACCAGAGGAGCACAUCUUGGACCAGCGUCUGGUGCAGGCCUAUGAGGAGAAAGAGCAGAAGGACAGAGCUCUAGGGUACCGGAAGAGAGGACCCAAAGCUAAAAGGCUUCUACUACAGAACACUAUUUACACCAUGGAUCUCCGUAGUGCCCACAAGGCCCCAGAGAAGCCUCAAGCUCGCCUACGUCUCUCCCUGACUCGCUCACUGGACUCUGAGGCAGAGGAUCCGACCUAUGGGGCCUGUAGACGGAGCCUGCAACCCCGCCUGGCCCACCGCAGAAACAAACCCAGGAGGUCACAGUUCGUGUGCCUGGCCUCUCCCCCUGGUCCCCCUACCCCCACACAGGACGCCACACAUGAGGACUGGGGAAGGAGGGGGGAGGAGGAGGAGGAGGAAGCUCGACAGGAUGAGUCAGAGCGAGAGACAGAGAUGUCCAGCGGCAUUCUGAAUGGGCAGAAUAGGGCAGAGAACUGGAGUUCCUUGAUUGGCUCAGAGGAAGUAUCCAUGUCAGAGAGGUCGGACGUUUGGAACACAGUGAUUGGCCCAGGGGAGGUGACCGUGACUGACGUCACCAUAAACUCUCUCACAGUGACUUUCAGAGAGGCCCUGGCAGCCAAAGGCUUUUUCAGAGGCUGGGGCUUAGAGUUCUAGAGAGUUCUAGAGAGAGAGAGUUCUAGAGAGUUCUAGAGAGUUCUAGAGAGAGAGAGAGAUUUUCUCCUCAUCCUUUUACCCUUCUUCCCUUUCUGGCCUUGUGAGUGACUUCUGUCCACACUAACUUCCUCUUCCGUUCAAUAGGCAUACUGUAGUGUACAGUAUACACUUACUACAUUGAGAUGGGCAUACACUCCUUCUACAUCGAGCUGGCUGUACACAGUAUACUGUAUAUCAUAGCCUUCUAUACAAAAACAGGUUUUGUGCACUGCAUCUGGACUGUUAUUAUUAGAUGUGGCUUAGAGUCUUGUAAUGAUUUAGAAAUCCUCUACAAAAUGACUCCAUCAGCCUGCAUGACUUUCUCUUCUCCCCCCUAUUGGUACAUAGUGAUAAUCAAUACAUUUUGGUUCCCACUAAAGCCCUGUGCAACACAUGCAGUGUAAACUAACCUUAAAAGUGGAACCCCAUUUUUUUGUUUUGGAAACAGUCUGUUCUGAAUUGCACUGUAUUUACAUCAUGAUGUUUAUGUCAUCUUUGUGGAAUCUUCCUGGUCAUCUCCCAUUGGUCAGUGGCUGUUUAUCCCACUCCAAGCCGAGGCUGAUGGUGUCUUGUGAGUGUGACUCAGUAAAAUGAUCUCCCUCUGCGAUCACAAUGCAGCAAGGGAUUAUGGGACUGCCUGAAGUUACUCUUUCUGGAGAUCUUUUGGGGCUUGUAAACGUGCGUAUGCACAUGCACAACAAUGCAACACUAACUACCCCCUCUUUUUGGAUGUUUAUUCAGCUUAUCCUUUGAGCUUGAAGUAAGAGGAAUGCUUCUUCCACCUUAACUCCAGGGUUAGGAGAAACAGACUGAAGGGUAUUGUGUAUUUCUAGUCCUUAUUUUUCUAUAUCGAUCUGACUGAAUGUAAUUCAAUGUAUUUAUUAUUUGAAGGAGAAACCUUGUGGAUUAGUAAAUACUGAAGAACAUCUUUUUUUGGUAACACUUUACUUGACCCCCAGCGUCAUAACACAUUAUGACACGUUC